AUCUGCUGAAGGAUCCGGUGACUAUUCCCUGUGGACACAGCUACUGCAUGAAGUGUAUUCAAGGAUUCUGGGACGGAGAGAAUAUCUACAGCUGUCCUCAGUGUAGGAAGACCUUCAUACCGAGACCUGUUCUGGAGAAAAACACAAUGUUAGCGGAUUUGAUAGAGGAACUGAAGAAGACUGGACUCCAAGCUGCUCCUGCUGAUCACUGCUAUGCUGGACCUGAAGAUGUGUCCUGUGAUGUCUGCUCUGGAAGAAAACUGAAAGCCAUCAAGUCCUGUUUGAUCUGUCUGGCCUCUUACUGUGAGAAACACCUUCAACCUCAUUUGGAUGAAGCUGCAUGCAAGAUACACAAGCUGGUGGAACCCUCCAAGAACCUGCAGCAGAACAUCUGCUCCAUUCAUGAUGAGGUGAUGAAGAUGUUCUGUCGUACUGAUCAGAAGUGUAUCUGUUAUCUCUGCUCUGUGGAUGAACACGAGGGACAUAAAAUAGUCUCAGCUGCAGCAGAAAGGACUGAGAGGCAGAGAGAUCUGGAGGAGAGUCAACAACAAAUCCAGCAGAGAAUCCAGGACAGAGAGAAAGAGGUGAAGCUGCUUCAACAGGAGGUGGAGGCCAUCAAUCACUCUGCUGAUCAAACAGUGAAGGACAGUGAGAAGAUCUUCACUCAGAUGAUCCAUCUCAUCCAGAAAAGAAGCUGUGAUGUGAAGCAGCAGAUCAGAUCCCAGCAGCAAACUGAAGUGAGUCGAGUCAAAGAUCUUCAGGAGGAGCUGGAGCAGGAGAUCACUGAGCUGAAGAGGAGAGACGCUGAGCUGAAGCAGCUCUUACUCACAGAGGAUCACAGCCAGUUUCUGCUCAACUACCCCUCACUGCCACCACUCAGUGAGUCCACACCCUCAUCCAGCAUCAACGUCCGUCCUCUGAGAUACUUUGAGGAGGUGACAGCAGCUGUGUCAGAGCUCACAGACAAACUGAAGGAACUUCUGAGAGAGGAAUGGACAAACAUAUCACUGACAGUCACUAAUGUGGAUGUUUUACUACCAGAACCAGAACCAAAGAGCAGAGCUGGCUACUUCCAAUUUUCAUGUCAUAUCACACUGGAUCCAAACACAGCACACAGACAACUGUUACUGUCAGAGGAGAACAGACAGAAAAUAGAACAACCUCAGUCUGAUUCUGAUCAUCCAGACAGAUUUACUGAGUAUGUUCAGGUUCUGAGUAGAGAGAGUCUGACUGGACGUUGUUACUGGGAGGUGGAGUGGAGAGGAACAGUUGUUUUUGUAGCAGUCACAUACAAGAACAUCAGCAGGUCUGGAAAUGAAAGUAGAUUUGGUUUUAAUGAUAAAUCUUGGACAUUGAGCUGUUCUCCAAAAAGAUUCUUAUUUUACCACAACAGUCUCCAAACCUCCAUCUCAGCUCCUGUUUCCUCCAGAGUAGGAGUGUACCUGGAUCACAAAGCAGGUGUUCUGUCCUUUUACAGCGUCUCUGAAAGCAUGACUCUCCUCUACAGAGUCCAGACCACAUUCACUCAGCCGCUCCAUGCUGGACUGGGGCUCGGUUGGCUUGGAAACACUGCAAAGUUUUGUAAACUGAAAUAGUUCCUGAAGUUCACAAAAGAGGUGGAAAGCUUUGGUGUUUCUGUGAUACCUAUGGUUUAAGCUACUUUAAGCUAUUUUUUAACUAUUAAUAUUCUUUGGAGUGGUGUUUAUAGUCAGAAAUUAAGAAAGAAACGUCCCUCUUUUAACAUUCUGGACCUUGUUCCCCCCCCUUUUUUUUAGAUCUCUGUCUGCCUACCUGCUCAUCCUCGGAUGCUCAUUUACAGCUUUUUUUCCCGCUCACGGUCCCUCUGUUUCAACUCAGACAGCCUAUUUUCACCCUCACACUCCCCCAGACCCACCACACUCUGCUCGUGGCAAUUCAGCCAAUUAAAUUAAAUGUAUGCCUGUGCAAAUUGUCCAUCGAGCUCCCCCCGCCAACACGUUGAUUUGCUGCGUUUUCCACCUGAAUCAACAACUGAGUUAUUACACAUUAACAUGAGCCUUCACUAUCUCUUUCUCUCACCUACCACUGCUCGCACACAUCAUCAAAUCUAGCAGUCUAUCCCAUCCAUCAUCAAGACUAAGCAAUAAAUACACGCUCCAAUGACUGCAUUAUGGGGUCCACUUAAUAUUAAUAACUAAAAAUCUGACUGUUUGCUCUACAUGUACAAUAAAAAAAUAUUUCA